AUGAACCGGACUGAGAAAAAGAAUGGAAAUUGGACAUGUACCUUCAUUUCCACGAGUGAGAUUAGCAUGAAACAAAACGACGCCGCACCAAAACAAAAAGAACAGUGGAACAGAGAUUUUGCACAAGUUUCUGCUCGUCAAUUUGCUGUCAGGAUCGAGGCUAUUGGCCAGAUUUCGGCCCAAUUUGAGAUUCGCUUUGUUCUUGGGUCCGACACUGCGAGAACCCUCAGGGGAGCCCUCGGUGACCCUAUCCCUUCUUGGCCCGUCAGGCGCAACCAACCAGGUUACGGUGGUCGCAGGCGCCAAGGCCAAGGGAAUGUCUCUCCUUUAAUUAUGAUAGUGCGACCUAACCCCCUAUUCGCUUACUCAACCGACCAAGUUACCAACCUGCUCUACGAGUGUCGAGCUACCUCGGGGUUGAGAUCUUAA